UUUGACAUAAAUCAAACCGUUCUCAUCGUCUGCCUAUAAAAAAAGUGAAAAUACGGAUUAUUUUCACAUAUGUAUUUAUUAUAAUUAAACCAAAUGUGCGUGCAUUAACUUUUAUAGGGAAAACAACUAAAUCAAGCUAUAUACCAACAAUAUAAAUAAUAAGUAUAUUAAUACCAGCCACCAACGUAUUGUAGUGAUAAUAAAAUGGGUAAGUUCUACGUGUGGCAGCAAUGACAGACUGGCUAAGUUGGAAAUAGAACCUUUAUGCCAAUUGUAUGUCUGCCGGUGUUGUGGUGUAUUAAGUUACUUUCGCGGUCUCCUCGGUUCACGCGAAAUGCGCAUACUGAUAUUGGGGCUGGAUGGCGCUGGCAAAACGACUAUUCUUUAUCGUCUGCAAGUCGGUGAGGUGGUCACAACAAUUCCGACUAUUGGCUUCAAUGUCGAACAGGUUACGUACAAGAAUUUAAAAUUCCAAGUAUGGGAUUUGGGUGGUCAGACAAGUAUAAGACCGUAUUGGCGCUGUUACUAUAGUAACACAGAUGCUAUAAUUUAUGUAGUGGAUUCUGCAGAUCGAGAUCGGAUAGGCAUAUCUAAAGAUGAACUGCUGUACAUGUUACGAGAAGAAGAACUUGCCGGCGCCAUACUUGUUGUGCUCGCCAACAAACAGGAUAUGGAGGGUUGUAUGACCGUGGCGGAAGUGCAUCAUGCGCUGGGUUUGGAAAAUUUAAAAAAUCGAACUUUUCAAAUAUUCAAAACAUCAGCGACCAAAGGUGAAGGCUUAGAUCAAGCGAUGGAUUGGCUUUCCAAUACGUUGCAAAGUCGUAAAUAGUGCAACUAGAAAUAUAGAAAAAACUCCUUGUCCCAUAACAACUUUACCCAAAAAAAGUUCUUUAAACUAUUUUAUUUGUUAAUUUUAAGUAAUUACUAUAUGCAUUUUAUAUACUUACGUAUAAAAAAACACGUAAAUGAAAUCAAGUAAAUUGUUGGCAGACAGCACAUAAGGCAAUUGCAAGUGUAUAUUAAUAGGAAAACGUAUUGAUAAAAACGAAACACUACUAUGAUGUGACUUCACAACGGCGCUCCCUAACAAAUAAUCUAUAAUAAUACCGGUUUAAAAAUAUCAAAAAGUAGUUUCUGAAGCAAACUAUUGCUGAACUAAAGUUUUUAAAGUCAUGUAUUAAUUGACUGUGUCAUAAAAAAAAUUUAAAGUCGAACCGUUAAUCCGUUUCCUUUAGUCGUGUUAACAAAAAUUAUCAUUUUCCAAUAAUUAGUUUGCCAAAUUUAAAAAUUUGAUUAAUACUAAACAUCAUAAAAAUAGGGUAGCGCUGCGCUUUCCACUACCAACGCGCAUUGUAGGUUUUUUUUUAGUUUAUAGUCAACGAUUGGCGCGGUAUCUUUGUAAAAACAAAAAAACGAUAUAGCAUUAAUAAAAAAGAUAAAAAUAA